AUGUUCGGACCAUUCAAAUCGUCGCUCGUCGCUUACGGCGGCUACCUCUGGAAGAAGGCCCCAAGAUUGUCUCCUCCACAAAAGCAGAGAUUGAGAAACCGUAUGAAGCUUGUGGAUAGAAACAUUGAGAUUCUUUACCAAUCGUUGAAACCUAAAGACAGCAUCUCCACUGGAUACAAGAAGAUCGACUACCUCAAGUUUGAUUUCCCUAAGGAGAGUGAGAUGAUUCCCAGAGACAAAUACACCACUUUUGACAAGAAGGUGAAGGACUACCGUAAGUCCGUGCACUUGGUUCCUAAAUGGACGAAGAAGUCGUUCAGAGAGAAUCCAAAGUAUUUCUAA